UAUAUUUUAUCGAUAAGUCCGAAAAGAAGAGAAGAAACUGGUAGCUGUUCGCGAUUUAAUUAAUUUCAAGCUAAAUUAUAGUAUUAAAAAUAGUAACUUACUAAGUGAAAGUGAGCGGGAAUCGUGUGAAAUGCAUAUGAAUAUCAAAGAGAAUAUAAAUCAGUGCGGAAUCAGGCAAAAAUGUUGAAGUGAAAAUUCCGCAAGAGAGGCGUCGUCCCACCAAAAGAAAAACACAACACAGCAGCGAAGACAGCGUAAUAGGAAAGUGUGGAAAAUAACAAAAGGAAAAGCGCGUGGAGCGAGAGACAGAGUGUCGGAGAGUGUGAGAGAGAGCAAAGUGAAGUGCCAAGUGCAACGGAGACUGGGCGUCGGACAGCCAGCCGGAGUGUCAUCCGUUUUGCCCGCCGCGCAGAGAAAAUUUCGUAGACUCGGGUUGUUGCACCGUCAUCUCCCCUCAUCUGCUGUAGCAGCAGCUGCAGCAGCAGCACCACCAGUCGCCGCCGCCAGCAACAGCAGCAGCGUAUAGCCGUCAGCAUGGAUGCCGCCGAAUCACAGGAAAUACGACAGGCUCGUCAACGUGCUUCCGUCAAGUGGCUGCUCUCGAAGGCCUUCAACAAUCGUGUGCCGGACAACCUGAAGGAGCCCUUCUAUCGCGACCAUGAGAAUCAGGAGCGCCUCAAGCCCCAGAUCAUUGUGGAGCUGGGCAACGCCACGCUGUACUGCCAGACGUUGUCCAAUCUGUACUCAGAUCCCAACUACCAAAGCUUGAAUCACUGGUCAAUAAUACAGACGCUAGCGCGCAAGGGUGUCCCGGUGGCCGAGUCCUCGGACAUGCCCAUUACCGAAACGGUAUUAAUUCAAACGAAUCCGUUGCGAAUUAACGCCCACAUGUCUGUGAUAGAAUCGCUGAUGGUUUUGUAUGCCAAGGAGAUAUCAUCGGGUGACCGCAUCAUGUCGGCCAUCAGAAGAAUAUCUGGCAGCAAUUACCAGACGCCUCCUGGCCAAACGUAUGAGCAAGCUCUGCUGGCUUGGAUUUCGCAUGCCUGCGCGGCUCUGAAGAAGCGCAUCAUCAAGGAGGUGGAGACAGGGCUGCCCGAUGAGAAUGGCACGCGUCUGCAGACGCCGGACAUACCGCCAGUGAGGGACUUCCAGGAUCUGUGCGAUGGCAUCUGCCUGGCGCUGCUCAUCGCCUACUACUGCCCCAAGGUGGUGCCCUGGACGAUGGUGCGCAUCAACUAUCUGCCGGCUGUCGAGGACUCCAUACACAAUAUCCUGCUCGUGAGCAAUUUCUCACAGAAGCAUCUGCCAUAUGGCGUCUUCCACAUGACGCCCGAGGAUGUGACCUUCAUGAGGGGAUCGAUGAAACUGAAUCUGGUACUGCUGCUCACGGAUCUGUUCAAUCUGUUCGAGAUACAUCCGGCGAAGUGUGUCUGCUACCCGGGCAUGGAUGGUCAGGAUGUCAUCGCCCGGCGCACCUUGGGCGCCAAUGAGCACGGAAUCUGCCACCGACGGGGCCUCACAAUGCAGCCCGUUAUGCCCAUACCCGAUCUCCGCAGCGAUCUCGACCAGCCGCCCGUUGGCUCGCCCUCGAAUCGGCCGCCAUUUCAAGUUCCGCAUUCGAAUUCAUUCAGCGGCGGCUUAAAUCGCAGAUCCACCCCGCCAAACGAACACCAACAACAGCAACAACAACACCAACAGGCGGUUGUUCAAGCAAAUUCGAAUCAUUUCGAUGGUAAUCAAGGCGAAGCCUUCGUCGUGCACAAGUCGCGUGGCAUCACCACACUCUCAUCCAUGCACUCGCAGCAGCAGCAGCAACACCACCACCAACAGCAACAUCAGCAACAGCAACAGUUCCACCAGCAGCAGCAGUCGCAGCUACAGCAACAGCUACAGCAGCAACAGCAGCAGCAGCAGCAGCAGCAGCAGGAGCCCUUGGUUCCGGCUCGCUUGCGUCAGGCUAAAGAAAAGACCAAUGUCGAGUCCAAGGCGGAUGAGAGAGGCGAUUUUGUCGCUGCGGGUCGACCAAGUAACUGGGAACAGAGCCGUCGGCCAAGCUUUGCAGGGCGCCGCUCGCGCAGGAACUCCUCCAGCGAGGACUCCCAGCUGACCAUCGAGAACUUUGGCGGCUCCCAGGAUCAGCUGAACACGCUGGGAGGCAGAUUCGAUCGGGAUCGCGAACGGGACCGAGACAGGGACAGGGAGCGGAAGUUGUCCAACACCAGCAUAGCUGAACCCGCUGUGGCCGUGCGCUCCUCCAUUGCCGAUGCCCGGGGCACGCUGCAGCUUGGCUACGACACGGAUUCGGGCUCGGAGAAGCAGGACCGCGAGACGGAGAAGUAUUCAAUGCGUCGGCAGGCGAGUGUCGACAAUGUGCCCACGGUGUCGGCUCACAAUCUAUCGAAUGCGAGCAGCCCCUUGCCACAGGCACGGAACAAGCAACAUUCCAGCGACAAAGACUACAGCCACAGCGUGGCGGACACCUACAACGAUGCCCGCUCCAGUGCCUACGAUCCGGAGAGCACACCAGUGCGCAAGUCCUCCACCAGCAGCAUGCCAGCGAGCCCCGCAGCCUGGCAGCUGGACGUGGGCGAUGAGGACAUGCGCUCGCUGGAGAACGCCAGCAAGCUGUCCACCAUACGCAUGAAGCUGGAGGAGAAGCGUCGUCGCAUUGAGCAGGACAAGCGGAAGAUCGAAAUGGCCCUGCUCAGGCACCAGGAGAAGGAGGAUCUCGAAUCUUGUCCGGAGGUUAUGAAGUGGGAGACCAUGAGUAAUGAAUCGAAGCGCACGCCGGACAUGGAUCCCGUUGACUUGGACAAGUACCAGGUGGGUGAGCAAAGCAUCGCCAUCAUGAACAUGAAUCUGCAGGAUAUCCAGCAGGAUAUCCACCGCCUGGCCACGCAGCAGAGCCAGAUGCAGGCCCAGCACCUGCAGGCGCAGCAGCUCCUGCAGGCCCAGCAAAUAGCCAAUAUGCUGAACCAGCAGCAACAGACGUAUGGGUCGCAGCAGCACCUGUCUGACCACCACUACCAGCAGCAGCAGAGACCCAUGCAGCAAAGCUUUGGCUCAUCGCCGCAUCUUCCGCAGGCCUACAAUGCCCCAGUCAGUGCGUACAGCUCCCGUCCGCCCAGCCGCGAUCCCUACCAGCAGCAACAACAUCAGCAGCAACACCAGCAGCAGCAGCAGCAGCCCAUGGCCAUGCCCCAGCCGAUGCAGUUCGUCAAUGAGCACGGCCAGUACAUGUCGCCGCCGCAGCCCUCCCACUACCAGCCGCAGAGCAUCUACAGCGACAACGGAGCGCCCUACAACAACCACUCGCCGCACUACGGAGCGGCUGCUCCUCCGCAGUACAGGAGCAGUGUGGUCUUCGAUGACUAUGGCCAGCCCACGAACCACUUCUACCUGCAUGAGUCCUCGCCACAGGCACAGCCACAGGUCCAUCCCCAGCGCCGCACCUGGGCGCACUCAGCAGCAGCCGCCGCCUACGAGCAGCAGCAGCAGAUACAGCAGCCGAUGGUGGAUGUGAAUGCGUGGCAGUCACAGCAGCAGCAGCAACAGCACCACCAGCAGCAGAAGAAGGCCCAGCAGCCCUGGAUGAACAGGCCUCCCUCCAGCGCGGGAGGAGCGGCCCAGGGCAGCUUUAUGCUGCACCAGAACGGGGGAGGAGGUGGUGGCGGCGGCGGAGGCGAGCUCCAGCAUCUGUUCCAGGUGCAGGCCUCGCCGCAGCACUCGCAGCGCCAGUUGGGUGGGGGGGCCAACGGGGUGCAGAGACAGCAAUCACUGACCAAUCUGCGCGACAAUCGCUCGCCCAAGUCCCAGCACCAGCCGCAGACCAUGGGUAUGGCCAUGCAGCAGGAGGACAUGAUGGCACCGCAGAGCAUUUGCUUCAUUGGCGACGAGGAGGAUGUGGACGAGGUGGAGCGCAACAUCAUCGAGUCCAUGCAGGCCACACGCAUCUCGGACUUUGUGCUUCAGCAGCAGCAGCAACAGCAACAUCACCAGCAGCAACUGCAACUGCAGCAGCAGCAGCAGCGUCUGCAAGGCGGAAGGGGCAGUAGUUCGGAGGACUACGACAGCGGCGAGAUGAUUUCCAACAAGCUGAACAUCACCAGCGGCAAUCUCACCUACCGCAUACCCUCGCCCUCGCGCCCCUCCAUUCAGGCCAACAGUUUCCAGGACCCGCGCGAUUGCGAGGAUCAGCCGGCUGAGAAGGGCUUCUACAUCUCCUUCGACGACGACCAGCCCAAGCGGCCCAAGCCGCCGCUGCGCGCCAAGCGCUCGCCCAAGAAGGAGGCCCUUCCGUUGGGCGACAGCAGCAGCAGCAGCCGCGACAGGGACAGGGACAGCGUGGACCACCAGACUCUGCUCAAACGGGAGUCCCUAAGUCAACUGCACAACAACAAUAACAACAACGGCAGCGAGGACGGCCACAAGUCAGCAGGGGCCAACAGGCACAGCAUCCACGGCCUCAACCACUCCAACAGUGUCAAAUCGCCCGGCAAUGCCACCUACAACAAGUACACGGACGAGGCGCCCAUCCAACUACGCCAUCUGGCCGUAUCGGGCUCGGAUCCAUUUGGCCACGAGCCACACCCACACCCACAGCCCAUGCAGCAGCAGCCCAUGUCACCCACGCGAAUCCAGCAGAGCAACAACAGUGCCGAGGCGGCCAAGAACAAGGCGCUGGUGAUUGGAGCCGACGCCACCAACCUAGAUCCGGAGUCUGUGGAUGAAAUGGAGCGACGAAAAGAGAAGAUCAUGCUGCUGUCCCUGCAGCGGCGUCAGCAGCAGGAGGAGGCCAAGGCACGCAAGGAGAUCGAGGCCUCGCAGAAGCGGGAAAAGGAGCGGGAGAAGGAGGAGGAGCGCGCACGCAAGAAGGAGGAUCAAAUGGCGCGACGAGCGGCCAUAUUGGAACAGCAUAGACUCAAGAAAGCCAUCGAAGAGGCCGAACGAGAGGGCAAAACCCUGGAUCGGCCCGAUCUGCAUGUGAAACUGCAACCCCAGUCAUCUAGUGCAACGAAUCCGCGACUCCGGCAGCAGCGCACGACACGUCCCAGGCCCAAGACCAUUCAUGUGGACGAUGCCAGUGUGGACAUCAGUGAGGCUUCGAGCAUCUCUAGUCGGGGCAAGAAGGGCUCCAGCUCGAAUCUAACCGGCUACGGUCAACUAAGCUCAAAUUCAAUGAAAAGAGAUUAUUACAGGGGCUCGCAAGACUCCCUCACAGUGAAAGAGUCACCCGAUGAUUAUCCCAGUACAAGUUCAACUCCGAUUGGGCGACGGGGAUCCUAUAAAACUUCCAGAGAGCCAGCAGCCGUCGAGCGGGGCCGCACUCUGUCGCGUAUCUCCGUCGCUAAGGGGAGCACACUUAAUUUCCGGGGCCGAAAGUCCAAUUCGCUAAUGAAUCUGUGCGACACAGAUUCGGGACUGGGACGCGCCACACCGCCGAGGCGCGCACCCUCGCCUGGAAUGGGCGCUUCAGGUAGGCAUAUGCCAUCCCCCUCUGGACCGGGCUCUUUGCCGCCAGGUUUGAUAUCGAAACGUCGCGGAUUUGAUGAUGGAUCCAGCGAUUUCUCAUUAACUCCGAAUUUUAACAUGGAAUAUUCGGGUCCAAAACUCUACAAGCAACCAGCGGCCAAAUCCAAUCGCGGCAUUAUACUGAAUGCCGUCGAAUACUGCGUCUUUCCGGGCGCCGUGAACCGUGAGGCCAAACAGAAAGUGCUCGAGAAGAUAGCACGCUCGGAGGCGAAACACUUCCUAGUACUCUUCCGCGAUGCGGGCUGCCAGUUCCGCGCCCUCUACAGCUACAUGCCCGAGUCCGGGGACCAGGUGACCAAGCUGUACGGCACCGGACCUAGUCAAGUCGACGAAGUCAUGUUCGAUAAGUUCUUCAAAUACAACUCAGGGGGCAAGUGCUUCUCGCAAGUGCACACCAAGCAUCUGACCGUCACCAUCGACGCCUUCACAAUACACAACUCGCUCUGGCAGGGUAAGCGGGUGCAGUUGCCCAGCAAAAAGGACAUGGCGCUUGUUAUCUAAGUGCAACGUAGCGGAGCGGAGCGGAGUCCGGGCCAGUGGGCGCUUGGCGCUGUUUGGCCGGAACAAAAACUAUUCUACGACAUUGCGCAUUAAGACAUCUAUGGAAACAUUACGAACCAUAACUCGAACCAACCAUGAGUUCUUUCCAUAGCUCACGGAGGGACUUAUGGGCUAGGGUUAUGGUAUAGGGGGUGGGACUCUGGGACGUGGGCACUCGGCUUAAACCACUAAUAGCACAUGCUUGAGAAACGAGAAAUUUGAAUUUACAGAAAAUUUUGUAGAGAGUAAACGAUGCGAUUGAAUAUUUAUUUUCAAUAUAAAAGCAUAUAUAUCCGCCUAAGAAUUUAAGCAACAAAAAUGUAAUGGGCAAAAAGCAGACAACACAAAAUGCCAAAAGAAUGUAAUGAAGCCCCUUGAAUAAUUGUAUUUUUGUUAGUUUUCGUGCAGGAUUCAGCAUGUCAUGUGAGCGUCCUCGGCUGAAGUGUAGCUAGAGGGGAAAAGGGAAGAACAAAUGUAGAAAAUCACUUUUUAUUAAUUUGUUUUAUUAUUUUAUAUUGUUAUGAAGUUAAUCAUGUGAAAUUUUUCAUGGCCUUGGGCGGUCGGAAGCUGAAUUGUGUAAAAUGAGGCCGCUGCCAAAGUCGAAUCUAAUUUUAAUGCCACUAGCUAUUUAUUUUAACACUAAUUAAUAAUUACUUUUUAUGCGUAUUUAAAAAGGAAUAAUAAUGCAACUAAUAUUUAAAGAUA